ACAUUGAAAAAACUUGUCUAUGGUGGUGGUUGUUACGCCGAUUGAGUAGAUGAAGUUCACCGGAAAAUCAAAUUCGACGGCUACAUUACCUGCAACUGUCCCAAAUCUUAGGGCUAGUAAUAUACGGAGAGCGCGAAAACCGAGCUUCAGUCGUCAGCGAAGAUCCGGCGUCUCUGUCAGGAGGCUAAGCAGGCCGGAGACUCCUAUAUUGAAAUCGAAGGUGGAGGAUCAUAACAGUGAGCGAUGCGUCGCGGUUGAAGAUGAUGAUUACGAGGAAGAUGAUUGUAAUAAGAUGCGUUGCCAGGAACGAAGGAGAAGUGUACCGCCGGAUACUGUAAGGAAACUUGCGGCCGGAGUGUGGCGAUUGCGAGUCCCGGAUGACGUUUCUAGCGGCCGAGAUAAGAGGAGCAAGGAUCGGUUAGGGUUUCAGGAAACUGCUGGUCCUGCUGGACACUUGGGUCCUCUGUUUUAUUAUCACCAUAAUGACAAACAUUCUUCUGGCUUUCAAAGCAACAAUUCAAGAAACAAGCAUAGUGGAUUCUUGUGUAAGCAUGAGCCUUCAAUUCCAUCUCCUCACUGCGCGAUGGAGGGGGCAACAAAAUGGGAUCCCGUCUGCUUGGAUACAAGGGAUGAAGUACACCAAAUCUAUAGCAACGUGAAGUGGAAUAAUCAACAAGUGAAUGCUUCAUUAGGUUCUUCUAUUGAGUUGAAACUCCAGGAAGCUCGUGCUUGCAUUAAGGAUCUUGAGAGUGAGAAGCGAUCUCAGAAAAAGAAGCUUGAGCAGUUCCUGAAGAAAGUUAGCGAGGAGAGGGCAGCUUGGCGGAGCAGGGAGCAUGAGAAGGUCCGAGCAAUUAUUGAUGACAUGAAAGCUGACAUGAACCAGGAAAAGAAGACUCGUCAGAGAUUAGAAAUCGUCAAUCUAAAAUUAGUCAAUGAGCUUGCAGAUUCAAAGUUAGCAGUAAAGCGUUACAUGCAUGAUUACCAACAGGAAAGGAAGGCAAGAGAAUUGGUCGAAGAAGUUUGUGAUGAACUCGCAAAGGAAAUAGAAGAAGAUAAAGCUGAGAUUGAAGCAUUGAAGAGUGAAUCCAUGAAUCUCAGAGAGGAAGUAGACGAUGAAAGAAGAAUGCUGCAGAUGGCUGAGGUUUGGCGUGAGGAACGUGUCCAGAUGAAGCUUAUUGAUGCCAAAGUAACACUCGAGGACAAGUAUUCACAAAUGAACAAACUUGUACGAGAUUUGGAAGCCUUCCUCGAUUCAAGAAAUACUACAGGUGUGAAAGAGGUGAGAGUUGCAAAAUUGUUAAGAGAAACUGCUGCAUCAGUUGAUAAUAUCCAAGAAGUCAAGGAAUUUACGUAUGAACCUGCAAAGCCGGACGAUAUCCUCAUGUUGUUUGAAGAAAUGAACUUGGGUGAAGCCCAGGAUAGAGAAACCGAGCAAUAUGUUGCCUACAGUCCGGUCAGCCACGCUUCAAAAGCUCAUACGGUAAGUCCAGAUGUCAAUUUGAUUAACAAAGAGAGACACUCGAAUGCUUUCACUGAUCAGAAUGGUGAAUUUGAAGAAGAUGACAGUGGCUGGGAAACUGUGAGCCGUUCUGAAGAACACGGAUCCAGUUACUCUCCAGAUGAGAGCAUCCCUGGUAUUAGCAACACCCAUCACCGUAACAGCAAUGUAUCAAUGAAUGAAACAGAGUAUCAAAAGACUCUAUUGAGAGAAAUAAAAGAAGUGUGCUCGGUUCCAAGACGACAAUCCAAAAAGUUAUCGUCAAUGGCAAAGCUCUGGAGUUCAUUAGAAGGUAUGAAUGGAAGGGUUUCAAACGGGAGAAAAUCAACUGUGGGGAUGGUUUCACCAGAGACAGGCUCAAAGAAAGGAGGAUUCAGCACGUUGGACUUGGUUGGGCAAUGGAGCUCAUCACCAGACUCGGCUAAUGCUAAUGUAAAUCGAGGAGGGAUGAAAGGGUGCAUAGAGUGGCCAAGAGGUGCACAUAAGAACAGCUUGAAGACAAAGCUCAUAGAAGCACAAAUCGAGAGCCAAAAGGUUCAGCUGAAGCAUGUCCUUGAGCAUAAGAUCUAGGCCACAACAAACUCGAAAACUACCUGUCCUAGGUCAAACUAGUCUUUAUGGCUGAGCAGAAGAACCGGAUUUUUAUCCGGUCCUCUUGCUACAGCCAUUUGUCGCGUGAUUUAGCCGUGGUCGCCAAUCAAAAUGGUAUACUGUCACUAGCUAAAAGCAAGAUGAUCUUUGUAUUUGAUUACUGUCAUAGGUUGGCUGGGUUAGCUUCCCAACCUCAUGUUGGUUGCUAGGAACAGACGCCCGAUGGUGUUUUUCUUUAAUGAAUUUUGUUCCUCUUU